AACCUAUAAAAUCUACAUGUAAUUGCUGAUCUUGCUGAUGUCCAGCUGAUGCAAUACAAAUAAAAAAUUAGUUUAUCUGUCUUGUAAUUGUUAAUUAAUUAAAUAAUUAAAAAAAUGUCGAAAAAAGAUUUAAAACAAGAAGUAUUACAAGCACUUGUAAUUGCUGAUGAUUUUAAAAAUAAUUUAACACCAUUGGAUACAAUUUAUCCAAGUAUAUUAACACCAGUUGUUAAUAUAAAUUUAUUUGAUUAUCUUAUUAAAACACUUGAACAAUGUGGUGUACAAGAAGUAUUUUUAUAUUGCAGUAAUUAUAUUGAUGAUUUAAAAAAUUAUAUAACAAAUAAAAAUUAUAAAAAUAUAAUUGUAUCAUUGGUAUUGUCAGAGGGUUGUAGAUCAUUUGGUGAUGCAUUAAGAGAUAUUGAUGCAAAAGGUAUAAUACGUGGUGAUUUUAUAUUAAUAAGAGGUGAUGCAUUUAUAAAUGCUAAUUUAUCAUUACACAUGGAUUUACAUAAAGCUAAACGUGAAAAAGAUAAAGGUAAUGCAAUGACAUUAAUACUAAGAAAUAUUGGAUCAACAAAUCAAUCAUUAUUAAAAAAUGAAUCAUGUAUUGUUGUUGCAAAUAAACAAAAUAAACGUAUUUUAUUUUAUCAAAAACCUGAUUUGCAUGAAAAAAAAAUUAAAUUUGAAUUGGAAUGGUUUUUGGAGCAUGAAGAAAUUGUUAUUAAUACUGGAUACAUUGAUACUCAUGUUUACAUGUGUUCAUCAGCUGUGUUACCAUUAUUUGCUGAUAAUUUUGAUUUUCAAACAAUGGAAGAUUUUAUAAAAGGUGUAUUAAUGAAUGAAGAAAUACUUGAUUCACGAAUUUAUUGGCAAUCAUUAAAAUCAGAUGAAUAUGCAUUACCAAUAACAUCUUGGUCAGCUUAUCAUAUAUUAAGUCAUGAUAUAUUACAAAGACAAGCUUAUCCAUUAACACCAGAUGUAUUACCACCACUUCAAGGUAUAACUUGUAAUACACGUAAUAUUUAUAAACAUCCAACAUGUGUAUUAGCAAGAGGUUGUAUACUUGAAAAUCAAACAAUUAUUGGUAAAAAAAGUAUUCUUGGUAAAAAUACAAAAAUAAUACGUUCAGUUAUUGGUGAAAAUUGUAUUAUUGGUGAUAAUGUUAAAAUUGAAAAUUCAUAUAUAUUUAAUAACAUUAAAAUAUCAAAUAAUUGUAUUAUUAAAAAUUCAGUUUUAUUAAAUAAUUGUAUUGUUGAAACUAAUGGUAAAUUAGAUGCUUGUAUAUUAUCAAAUGAUGUUACUAUUUUAAAUCCAGAUUCAUCAUAUGAUUAUACAAUAUUUCAAUAUAAUUAUCAACAAAAAAUUAUACAAUCUAAAAAAAUGUAUGAAAAAAAUACAAGUGAUGAUGAUGAUAAUGAUGAUGACAAUGACAAUGACAAUAGUAAUAAAAAUUUUGUAUAUUUUAAAAAGAAAUUAAUUGAUGUUGGUGUUGUUGGUGAUGAUGAAGAUGAUAACAAUGAUGAACCAACAACUGAUGAUAAUGAUGAAGAGAAUUAUGAUAAUGAUUAUGAAGAUGAUGAUGAAGAUGAUGAUUCAAGACUAAAUUCACCAGUACCAGAUGAUACUGAUGUAUUUUUAUCAGAAGUUAUUGAUAGUUUAUUACGUGGCUAUCAGGAUAAAUUAAAUUGUGAUAAUUUAAUAUUAGAAAUUAAUUCAUCAAGAUAUGCUUACAAUGUAUCAGUUCGUGAGGUGUCAUACAAUGUUGUUAAGGCAAUAUUAAUGUUACCAUUUCAUUAUUUGAAUGAUAAUAAAACACAAAUUAAUAAUGUCAACUAUCAAAAAGUUCUAAUGGUAAUGAUUAAUUAUUUUCAUGCAAUAUUACUCAACUACAUUAAAAGUGAUGAUGCCCAGGAUGAUUGUUUAAAGGCAUUUGAAGAAGUUGCUGCUUCGACAAAUGAGCUAUUAACUAUAACAAGAAAUAUAUUACAUAUUUUUUAUGAUAAAGAUAUACUCAGUGAAGAUAAAAUUAUUGAUUGGUAUAAACUUGAUGCAAAUACUGAUGAAAAUGAUCAAGAUAUUCAUCAAAAAAUACGUUUAGCUGCUCAACCUUUUAUUACAUGGCUUCAAGAAGCUGAAGAAGACUCCUCUUCUGAAUCUGAUGAUGAUUAAAAAGUGUGAUAUCCUCGGUCAACUCGUGACUUGCUUGAUGACGAUGAUCAGGAAAUUUAAUAGCAUCAAUCCACUGAUGUAAUCUUGCUCCUUUGCUGUUGCAGCUUAACACAAGUCCACC